AUGAUUCAUCCUUUCUCUUCGCCAUCUUUCCUCCGGCCAGCCGGCAGCUUUCAUCAUGAAGGUAGAGAGCUGUGCAGUUUCAGCGGGUACAAGAUCUACCCCGGACACGGGGCGGCGCUGGAAGGUUUUCCAUUUCUCCAGUUCCUUAAUGCAAAAUGGGAGUCCGCAUUCCUUUCCAAAAGGAAUCCCUACAGAAGAAAACACAAGAAGGGAGAAAUUCAAAAGCAAAGAACCCGCCGUGCAGUCAAAUUCCAGCAGGCUGUCACUGGUGCGUCUCUCGCUGAUAUAAUGGCCAAGAGGAAUCAGAAACCAGAAGUUAGGAAAGCUCAGCGAGAACAGGCGAUUAUCAGGGCUGCCGAGGAAGCAGAAAAGGCUAAGCAGGCGUCCAGGAAGACAGCCAUGGCUGCUGCCAAGGUCCCUACCAAAGCAGCACCUAAACAAAAGAUUGUGAAGCCUGUGAAGAUCUCUGCUCCCGAGCUGGUGGAAAAUGCUAACUUGAGUUUAUUCAGAGUUUGA